AGGCGAAAAUUUGCGCCAGACGGUUCAGUGGCGCUUUGGCCAGCAUUCGAUUCGGGUGCAUUUUCCUCCCGUAGUUAAAAUAGGAACCUUUAUCGACUCGGGAAUUGAGAAGUGUUUGUGGUCCUGGUAGUUUAACAUGUGCCGAAAUAUGAUGCAGAAAAUGUUGAAAUAAGUCAAAAUAGUUUCCAUCUGUUCAGGUGUUGAGAAGAAAAAAGCUGGAAAAUCAGUACAGCUGAAAAAUCUGUCCCACUAUAAGUGCUCUACUUUAUUAGCAGUUUCUUGCUCAAAGAUACUAAUUAAUCGCAGAUAAAUGAUGUAACCGGCGACGGUAAGGCAGUAGUUUCAAUCUCGACGCAGCGUGGUAAAUUAUGCACCUAUGAAUAAUUAUCCGAAAAAAAAGUGAUCGCGAGUGUAACGAACCCAAUGCUUGGAUCAAAUCGACUGUGAACCAAUUCCGUCAGUUUUUUACCCGAUUCGUCGUUCCUUUGAGUGCGAAUUACCGCAAUCAGCACGACUAGUCGAGCCGUCGUCGUCGUCGACUAUCGAGCACCGAUCCAACCCGCCUGAAUUUCAAUUAGUCUUCCAGCCAGGCAGAACUGACGGCUGCAAGUAAAAGCAUAACAUUUUCCGACUUUUCUCCAAAGUCGCACCCGGUUACCGAACGGAACAGCGGGCUCAUUUGCGAUUUAAUAAGCAGCAAAAAUGGGAAACAUUUUCCUACUGCUGUGCGGCUUCUAUCUGAUAUAUUUGGAUAAGGUCAAUGCAUCUUGGGGCACACCAGACAGCAAUCAGUAUCACAUCCAAACAGACGAAGGACCCGAACGAUAUUUUAAGUAUCAAACUGACAACGGCCAGUACCGGAAGGAGAAGCGCCUACAAGAUGGUACAGUGAUAGGAACUGAUGCGUGGAUUGAUGCCUCCGGCUAUCUACGCCAGAAGGACUACAUCGCCGAUGACAAAGGCUAUCGAAUAUUGAAAUCGAAAACGGUAUUUGUGGGAAGUGAUAUUCCGAUUCAGGAUGCCAUGAAAUCCGUCAAGAAUCGACCGGCUGACUCCGGUGUCCUAGUGUCCCAGGGUCCAGCCUAUCCACCUCCAAAACCACCGCGACCGGUUGCCAUUGCGCCUCAAUCUCCCGCACCGAUAGCACCACCGGUGACCACGACGGGCAUCAAAGCUGUAUUCAUUAGGCCACACUCGCAGCCCGUCAAUACAAACUAUCUGCCAGCAGAUAUUGAACAAUAUUUACCGCCUAGCAGACAUUACCCAUCCAGCACGCCAAGGCCUAAUGUCUUCAUACCUUCCAGCACGCCGUAUUCUCCGCUUGCAGGGAACGAUAUUUCCUCGACGCCGAUCGCAGUAUAUCCGCCUGCUUCAACGCCUUCUCCUCUAGCCGAUCGUUCCCAGGCUCAUCUACCUCCGCUAGUCAUCUACAACAGCGAUACGAGACAACCGAACGAAUUCGAUUAUCAGACACCACGACCCGAAAACUCCUACAGUUACCAGCUGAGCAAUGAUCUACUACCUCCAAAACAGCACUACUACCGUGUGGUACCUUACUCUACUCCCUUUCCACACAGGCGGCGACUUCAGCAGGAAAGGAGACGUCCUCCUUACGUCCAGCCCAUUACCAUCACUUCAGCGGCUCCCUUUAUUGAGCGGGCUACUCCAGCUCCUAAACCUCUGGUAGUUCCACUCUCCGACAACAAUCUCGAUUCUCUGCCGAGUUUCAACCGAGAUCUGCUGGAACCGCCGGCAAGCUACCAGCAGUACCAAACGAUUCGACGAGACGACGAUCACAUCUACGACGGUGUGUCGGUUACUAACGACGGUUUCCGGUACUAUCUACCGCGGCAGUAUCACGAGGAAACCAACUCCGGUAGUUCAUCCCGAGAGGGUAGCUUCGGAUACAUCGACCCGUUCGGUAUCCGCAGGGUUGUGUAUUACAACACCGGCCCCGGCAAAGGAUUUGUCCAUCGGAAGAACAAUCGCUUCGUAGGAUUUAACGCUACUCCUUAUGAUCCACGACCGCUGUAAAAACGUGGGAGAACUUCCCACGCGAAUCGCCUACCACCACCCUUCAAUCGCCAAGUUCUUACGCUUCCAUUAAAUUAUUUAUUAGCCCUAGUUCUACCCACGACGGUAAGCAUUCGCGAUAGUAGGUUUAGUUAAUUAACGAUUUCAAUCUGAUCGAGAUCGGGUGCCACUAGCUGAUGAUGAUAAUGAUGAUGAUGAUGAUGGUGGUGGUCAACUGGACUCUCGACAGAUGUGCGGAGGCGAUGUCAUUACAGGCUACGAUUGCUUUUACCGCGCCGCGGGCGUUCUUCGUGACACUGCUAAAGUAAACUAAAGCAAAUAGCUUAGCCGAGAUUAAAGUUGAACUUUACCGGUUCUUUGUAUCGUUAGUGGGUAAAUGAAAUGUCCCUCCCCCGUCGAGUAAAUUGUUGACCUUCCAGCAUCAGGCACGAGUCCGCUCGUUUUGAUGGUUUGAGGGCUGUUGACAAUCCUAAUCCUGCAUGCUGGUCAGACAGAACUAAGUUAGUAGUGGGUGCGGUGUUCGAAAUGGGUGGGGUUUUCUGGCUUGACGUUUUGGACGAAAUUAAAUUUUGCUUGGCGUAUCAGAAUAUAUAUGUUGGGUCGAUCAUCGGACAAAUUUGGAUAUGUCAACCUAUAUAAACGCUUUUCGCUGCUCUACUCUACUCAUAGGUAUUUGCUUUGCUAUCGGUCACGGCAUGCUAAGUUACACUUUUUUUUUGCAAAUCCAUUAAACCAUUCGAACACCGCUUGUCACCACAAGUAUUAGUCACAUUUUUUUUUCGUGUGGCGCCUCUUUUUAGCACUGCAAAGAUUGAUGAAAGUUUCAGGGAGCGUUGGUUCCAUAAAUCAACAAACUGCUGACGAUUUCAAUGCCAGCUCAAUUGUUCAAUUUCAGUCACUCAUAACAGUAGGCGCUAGUUCAAUUCAAUCACAGGUUUCAAUGCUCCCUCCUACCAUAAACCAUGCACUCAAAGCGAAUCGGUUGAAUUUAGAAUGACUUCAGAGUUUUGGAUUGUGAUCGGUUCUGAGAUGCAAUAAUUAAAGGGUGAACUAAGCAAACUUGCCUGAGUCAGUUACCUGACACGGUGACCUCGUCAUUGAUCCGUAUAAGCUAUAACUGGGUAAAUUAUUUUUCGCGCGAAAAGUCAUUAUGUAUGCAAAACAAAAAACAACAUUUUUCCUACAAAUUUUGCACAGUUGUCAGUAAAAAGCGAUAUUGUGGUUGUGACUAGGGGCAGAUCACUAUAGAAAUGUAUAAUAAAUUUGCAUCAAAUUAGAUAAUUUCGCUAAUUUUCAAAAAUGCAUCACAAGUUAUCUGCUUCUAGGGUUGUGAGCAAAAAGGCUGUGUCGCCAAAAUUCAACCGAAACUGUUAUGUUUUCGAUCCAAUUUUUUGGAACUGUUACGAGAAUAUUGUUUGAUUCGUAAUCUUUCGUAAUCUUUCCUUAUUAUGACGACGCGCCACGCCGCCGACGCACAGAGGAGUAACUGGUGUCAAAUACUGGCCAAAAAUAUUUGUUGCUGCUAUUGCUUUUAUGAUGCCUGAUGUGAACAAAAAAUAGACAAUGGGCCCUAUUCUC